GUUACAGCACUGCCGUGACAGCGUUGGGCAGCUCAGCUGUCAUACAUCUUUCCCCUCAAGUGCUGAGCUGGUUGUGUAGUGGGCAGUUUCAAGGACGAGUGCUGGUUUCCAGUAUCGUUACGCAAAAGACGUCAAUUUCAUCAGUGAUGGCGCAACAAAGGCAUUUUAUUGAGUUUUGUUGUUGAUGUGUGCUUUGAAGAGAGGUGAUGGAUGUCCACAUGGUUCUGGGGGGUCCAGAUAACAUUCUCCUGGCCAAUAAUCCUGACGCAGGAAGUGAUUGUCUGAAGCAUCCCUGUGAGGACCAGGACAGAAGCUCCAGCCCGUCUGUCCUUCGUUCUGUGACCACCACGUGGAAGGAGGGUCUGCUAAACAGGAAGCGACCGUUUGUUGGAAGAUGCUGUCACUCAUGCACACCCCUGAGUCAGGAGAGGCUGUUCAAUCCCAGCAUCCCUUCACUAGGGCUCCGUAAUGUGAUUUACAUCAAUGAAACGCACACAAGAAGGAGCAACAUGAGAAUGAGUUGGCACCGAGGUUGGCUUGCACGGAGACUGAGUUAUGUGCUGUUUGUCCUGGAGAGAGAUGUCCGUAAAGACAUGUUUGCUCGCAAUGUGGUGGAGAAUGUGCUUAACAACAGCAGGCUGGAAAGUGCUAUUGUGGAGGUCGCGUCCGAGGGUGCUAGCGCAGAUGCAGAGUCUGGAGUGGAUUCCAGAGCUGUCAGUAAAGUUAGACGGAAGGCUAGAGGAUUCCUGCAGGAUAUGGUUGCCAACAUCUCACCUGCCUUCAUCAGAUUAACAGGAUGGGUGUUGUUGAAAUUGUUUAAUGGAUUCUUCUGGAGCAUUCAGAUCCAUAAAGGUCAGCUGGAGAUGGUGAAGAAAGCUGCAACUGAGUACAAUGUUCCCCUGGUCUUCCUUCCUGUUCACAAGUCCCACAUAGACUACCUGCUCAUCACCUUCAUUCUGUUCUGUCACAACAUCAAAGCCCCUCACAUCGCAGCUGGCAACAACCUUAGCAUCCCCAUCUUAAGCACACUGAUACGGAAACUUGGAGGAUUUUUCAUUCGUCGUAAACUGGAUGAGACUUCAGACGGGAAGAAGGAUGUGUUAUACAGAACACUGUUACAUGCAUACACGGAAGAGUUGUUGCGGCAGCAGCAGUUUUUGGAGGUGUAUUUAGAGGGCACACGCUCUCGCAGUGGGAAGCCAUCUCCAGCACAUGCCGGCAUGCUUUCAAUCGUAGUUGACGCACUCUGUGCCAACAGCAUCCCUGAUGUUCUGAUCGUGCCUGUAGGCAUCUCUUAUGACCGCAUUAUAGAGGGAAACUACAACAGUGAGCAGCUGGGCAAACCUAAGAAGAAUGAGAGUCUUUGGGGAAUAGCCUGUGGUGUGUUUAGGAUGCUCCGGAAGAAUUACGGCUGUGUGCGUGUGGAUUUCACACAGCCCUUCUCUCUGAAGGAGUACCUGGACUCACAGCGCAGUCGCCAUCUCCAGGCGUCUCUCACGCUGGAGCAGAUCCUUCUCCCCACCAUCAUCGCUGCACAACCUGAUCAGGCUGUUUUUAAUGGAGGAAAUGAGGAUCAUCUGAAUUCUAGAGACCUGUCAGAUGAGCCCUGGAGGAGGCAGGUCAUCGCUAACCUGGCCAAGCACGUUCUCUUCACCGCCAGCAAGUCAUCUGCAAUCAUGUCCACUCAUAUCGUAGCCUGUCUCCUCCUGUAUCGGCACAGACAGGGUGUACUGCUGUCUAAACUGGUGGAGGAUUUCUUCAAUAUGAAAGAAGAGAUCUUGUCCCGGGACUUCGACCUGGGUUUUUCUGGGAACUCCGAGGACGUGGUCAUGCAUGCGCUCAGCCUUCUGGGAAACUGUGUGAAUGUCACCAGCACCAACAGGAACACGGAGUUCAUCAUAGCCCCUAACUACACUGUACCUGCACUCUUUGAGCUCAAUUUCUACAGCAACGGCCUUUUCCACGUCUUCAUUGCUGAUGCCAUUAUAGCUUGCAGCUCGCUGGCCCUGUUGAAAGAGCAAUCUGCAGCUUCAGUGAGUGAGCAGAAUUCUUCAUCCACGCUGCUCAGCCAGGAGAGACUGAUCCGCAGAGCUGCAGGCCUCUCCCACUUUCUGUCCAAUGAGGUGGCAGUAGCGCUGCCUUGUCAGACGCUGUACCAAGUCUUCCAUGAUGCUAUCACCAGGUUAAUCGAGUACGGUGUGCUCAUUGUUGCUGAGGAGGACCAGGAGGAGUUGAGCCCUUCUGAGGAGCCUUGGCCCAAGAAGUUUCCAGAGGCUCUUGCUUGGCGAAGCGAUGAAGAAGACGAAGACAGUGACUUUGGAGAUGAACAAAGAGACCGUUACCUGAAGGUGAGCCCAUCAGCUGAGCACCAGGAAUUUUAUACUUUUCUGCAGAGGAUUCUCACUCCGGUGAUGGAGGCCUACAGUGGCGCAGCUAUCUUUGUACACAGCCUGGGGUCGCCCAUGUCAGAACGAGAAUAUACGCAUAAGCUUUUCAAGUACCUUCUGACAAGAACAGAACGAGGAGUGGCUUCAUAUGGAGAAAGUGCUACACACCACCUUGUAAAGAAUACAGUGAGAACAUUUAAAGAGUUGGGGGUGCUUAAAGAGAGACGAGAGGGUGGUGUGUGCCGUCUGGAGCUGAGCAGCACUUUCUUACCUCAGGCCAACAGGAACAAACUCCUGCAGUACAUUCUGGGUUUCAGUCUGCUGUAAGACAUAAGGACCAUCUUCACGGCUGCGCGGCUUUCCACCCCACUCAAGGGCUUUUUACUGGCUAAUCAUGACUGUCAAAGGUGCUACACUAAGUAAAGCUUUACCUGGAAGUGCCUUCAUACUAGACUUAAGUUCGUCUUCCUUUCACUGUAAACCUUCCACUUCCACACUACUCAAUACUCUAGCAUUCUCUCAGCCCUUUCUUUUACUAAAAGCUUCCAUUCACACAAAACCGUACCCGUUCUGCCAGUGAAAGCCCUUGGUUUAUAUGCCGUUUUUAACUCCCGAUCAAUACAUGAGGUCAGUUUCAGAUUUAGCAAACACAUCACUGGGAUGACAUUUAAAAAAGGGCAUUUGACUUUCUUUUUAACCACUAUUACUGUCAUGUAAUAGACAUGUAAUAGACAAUACUGAGCAUGUACAGAAAAAGAGAUUAGAAUGAUAAAGGCGAUUGUGUGGAGCAUCUUUUGAUAAUAAGUGAAUGACAUAAUUGAAAAUGUGACUCAUUUUUGAAAACCAUGCAGCGAGUAUUUACUGAGAAAUUUGAGCCUUUAAUGUUCGAAUCAUGUAGUUUAGGUCAUGUUUAUUAACUUAGUCACGACACUUGGGUGCAAUUGGAUGUCCAUGAAUGAUAGUUACAACUAUAAUAUUGUGUAAUGCAGCAAACAGUAGAAACAUGUAAUGGUUUUAGCAGGCCUUGAGGAUCACGUGGGGGAAACAUGAGCUUGAAUGCUUCUUCUCUGCUGACCCUUACAAGAUAUGUUUGUAAUAUUUGGAGGAGGUUCUCUUGCUGCCAAGCACUUUAAUUCCCUCCUCAGUUACUUCUAUAUUUUAUUCUGGAGUUAAGAUCCUUGGCAGCGAGUCAUCUGUACUGUGAGCGUGUGUGCAUGUGUGCAAUAUGUUUAGUAUGUGAAUUAAAACUGUAUUUAUGCCACAAAUCUGUCUCAAAGCACAAUAUAACCAGAAAGGCGUGUUGCCUUCAUAACCUCUGGAAUAUUGUGUAUGUUGUGGAAUAUAUCAAGAGCCUGGGAGCAGGGAAAGUUAAGGAUACGUUGUAAUGUCCCGAAACUACAAUUGACCUAAUCUUCAUUCCAUUUUUAUCAUCUGCUCAUUAGAAGCCUCUUCUGCUGAUUUAUCAUUUCCAACUUUGUUUGUGAUGUGUUUUGCAUUGUCCCGGCCUUAACGCCAUGCUUGUUUUGACAAGUUGUUAAAGAAAACUCCUUUGUGUGUCAGCGAUUGACCUGUUUUUACUGUGCAAGAAUGUAGUUGGAAGGCAUUUACACUUUGCGUAGGCUACUGGGAGACUUUGAUUAAAAAAAGGAUACAGGGUGUUCCCACGAUCACGGAAACAUUUGAAAGGAUCCAGGUAUUCCAAGGCUGCGAGCUCCAGGGCUUGGGAAGUUGUGGAAAUUCUCUUCAUUGCAUAUCGAUUUAGUUAUGCUCAGCUCAAAAAAAAACAAAAAAAAAAAAAAAAGAAAUCUUUUCCAGUACUCUUAGGCUGCGUUCCAGUUUGUUUAGUUUUUUUUAAUGCCUUGCACAGUCCCAAACUUCCCUCUGCCUCAUUUACUCGGAUGUACGUCAUUGAUUAUGUUGCAUGAGUGCCCACUUCUGGCGGAAUCCUUGCAAUGUGCUGAAUUUGAUCACUUAGAAUCCGCUGUGGAGUUGGUUUAUUGUUUACAUUUUUCCCGUACAAAUUUGUUUGCUGCAGCAUUCUAUAUGUAUAUAGGAAUGCUUAGACUGUUAUAAAUUGUGUAGCAUUGUGGUCUUUGGAGUGGCCUGAUGGGUGCAUAUAAAGCAGACUUGAUCCCUCAAAAUUGAGGGGUCGAGGGUCUGUCCAUAUUAAUUUCUCUCGUCCACUUAAAAAAAUUUAAACGCACUUCAAAAUUCCAGAAGGUAUUCUCCCGAGGGAAGUUCUUAGGAAAGUUUGCAUGUCUAAAUGUGGAGAGGAACGCAGCCUUGAACUACAGGAAAAUUGGAGGAUAUUCAUUGGUCAAAACAUGUGGGAGCCUUGGUAGAAUAUAUAAGCUUAUCUAUGUCACGACUUAUGAUAGCAGCUCAAAUUGCUAAAUUGAAUAUUAGAUUAGAAGCGAGUGUUUUUGCGACUGAAUAAAAGCUGUUAAGGUUUGUAAAGUUACACACAAGGAAUAUUUUUGCAGUUUGCACAAAAUAGUUCUCUUUGUGUCAAUAAGGCCGCAAAUAUCCAGGUUUAAAUGGCAAUAAAACAUCUGUUUUGCUACUUAAUAAAUGCUGUUCAGUAAACGCCACAUACUUCCUGUAAUUUGAAUCGGUUGGGAUUAUUCCACAUUUUAAAAAUAAUAUCAUGUUGCAUUAUGAACUGAUUUUUUUUUUCUCAAAUAAUGAAUUAAGAAACAUUAAAAAGCUGAUAUUAUUUGUUAUUCAUUUGAAAUUAGUAACGCAAGUUAAAGCGCAUUGCAUCGUGAGAUGCUUCAUGCCGAAUAAGUUUUCUCAAUGCUUAUUUACAUAGCUGAAUUAAUGCUGCUCUGUGGCUGCUCAUAAUUCUGUAUAAAGAUGUAAUGCAGAAUAAAAGUCAGAUUAUGCCUGCUUUGACCCAC